GUAUCAAAAAUAGUUUAAAAAAGUUAAUUUAAAAAAUGCAACCGAAAUUACCUGUUUAAAAAUAUAUAAAGGGGCCUAUGCGCCAAGCGCAAGUCAGUUAAAGGCCACUUUAGGUGGUUCUAUAUGUUUUUCAUUAGUUUUAAAAAUAUGACUCGUUUUCUAAUAAGCUUCAUAUACUUAACAAUUUUUGUUAGAGCUUUCGCUGAAGUGGAGCUUAAGGAUGAGGACUACAAUAAAACCUGGAUGUAUAUGCCCAAUGGCGAGGGAGAAAUGGAAGUGGCAUAUCUAGUUGAACCACCAGUCGAAAAAGAUCGCAGCGAAGUUUCUGAUUUCAUACAGCUUGAGUAUUAUGGCAGUACAAACCCCAAUAAACCCGUGACGACUGUAUUUUCGCUGAGUGAAAGUCCAAUUAGUACACGCCAAAGUCAAGAACGACGCAAACGAGAGACAUGGGAGGAGCUAGCUGACAGAUUCAAAGCCGAUAUGAAUACGAAGAUUUUGGUGCAUGGCUGGAAAUCUAGUUCACGCAGUAACUCCAUACAAGCAAUACGCAAUGCGUACGCCGAUCGCGGCAAUGUGAAUGUAUUCGCCAUAAAUUGGAGCGAUCAGGCGGACAACAUUUAUUACCUUGAGCCUGCACGUUAUACUGUGCAAGUGGGCAAAGCAGUUGCGAAAUUAAUUGAUUUGCUGGUGGAGGAUAAAGGUGCCGAAUCCAAGGAUAUCCAUUUGAUAGGGCAUAGCUUGGGUGCGCAUAUUAUGGGCUAUGCGGGGUCGUACACUAGGCACAGAGUCGGUCGCAUUACAGGCAAGUUAUGCCGGAUUUCAAACUAUGCUUGUAUUUAUGUAGUAAAUACAUAUUGUAUUUAUUUAUUAGGUUUGGAUCCUGCGCGCCCCGCUUUUGAGGGGAAUACUGGACCAGAGAAUCAUCUGGAUGCCACCGAUGCUGACUUUGUGGAUGUCAUACACACCUGUGCGGGUAUUUUGGGUUUCAAGCAGCCAAUCGGUGCGGUUGAUUUUUAUCCAAAUGGCGGUGGCGCUUUUCAACCGGGCUGCAAGGAGCCGAUGCAGAUAUUAACUGGCUGCAGUCACGGUCGCUCUUGUGAAUAUUUCGCAGAGUCCAUUAAUAGUAAAAAGGGUUUCCUAGCUACCGCCUGCAAUUCCAUAGUGGAUGCUAAUGCUAUGAACUGUACUGGUCAACGAAUUCUAAUGGGUGACCCUGUAUUAGGAAAUGCGCGUGGUAUAUAUUCAGUAAAAACGGCCGAUAAGCCUAAUUUUGCGCUUGGCAUGGAAGGUUGAAGGUAAACAAAAAAAUAAAAAUUAAAAAAAUAUAUAUUCAUAUAGUUUUUUAAGGUCAUGCAUGCAGUAUAUAAAACUGAAAAAAUUAAAACAAAAAAAAAGAUAUAUAUAUGUAUAUAGAUAUAUAAAUAAAUAAUGGAAACUAAUUA